AGAAACCCCCAAGCCAAAUGCUGAAAAGCCUACGGGAGCUUGUGUCGAAUCCCAGCCCUGAGGGAAUCUUCUCAGCUGCCAGAAAUGCCGUCGCAGAAUUCACGCACAGGCAGGAUAAAGCACAAGUACAGAAGAUUGUGAAGCUAACUCCAGCUCGUUUCGAUAAAAUGUUAAAACUCGAUAAUCUCAAAAACGUUUCAUGUCAUUCUGAAACUGUAGAUGGAGCUGCUGUAUUUCAUUCUGUUUACAUCGCCGGUCAUUUGUCCUUGAUUAGCAGCAAAGAUGAAAAAUUUAUACGAAUAUUGAGCAGUAAACUGGAUGCCUUGAUCAAUUCAACUGAAGGGCAAACAAUGAGCGAUAGCGGAUUCGAAGAGAUGAUGAACAUCGUAUCCGCAGAACCAGACUGGGAAACGAUACAUUAUGCAGCUGCAUGCGGUGUGCUUGGUUUUCUCAAAAUGGCUCUUGAGAAAGAUCGUCAAGUCGUUCUCGGCUUCGCUACUCAAGAUGGAGACUUCCCCAUUCACAUUGCUGCCAAAUGGGGCCAGGUGGAAGCUGUCAGAGUUCUUCUUGAACAUGGUGCCGAUCUUUGUCAAAAAGAUGCCACAGGUCGUACUGUGGUCCAUUGGGCAGCUGCCAACAGUGCCUCAACACUCAAGGAUCUGUCCACUGAAGCAGCUUUCGCCAAGGCUAUGACUGUACUAGAUGAAAGCGGACAUUCUCCACUUGCCUGUGCUGUUCGAGAAGCUAACUCCGAAUCAGUUGCGAUACUUAUGGCUUGUGCAGGAUCGAGUGCAACCAAAGUAGCUGGCGCUUCUCCCUUGUUAACAGUGCUCUCUGGGCUGGAUUACAGUGAAGCUUUGGCAAACUGCAUUGAGCUGAUCAUCACUAUAGAUCCUUCUGUUGUGGAACAAGUUGAUGCAGCCGGUAGAUCGGUUCUACAUAUGCAGCUCAACAAGAGGGUUCUCAUGAAAAUUUUGAAACAUAGCUUCGAGAACAUCAACUUGAAUAUUCAAGAUGUAGAUGGUCAAACUCCCCUUCACAUGGCUGUCAGUAGAGGAGAUAUUGGAUGUGUUGUUGCGCUUCUCUCCUACGGUGCUGAUGUGAAUGCCAAAGACAAAGACAGUUAUAAUGCGCUGAUGAAGGCUGUACAGGCUGGGCAUCUGGAUCUGGUGAAGUUGCUUCUGCUAUUCGAUACAGACUUGAAGGUUGUAGAUGCUCAAGGACAAUCUGUCUUCGAUAUCAGUAAGACUUCAAAAAGGCGGGCUGAUGUUGAUCUCCUCCUUGCCGUGAUGAGUCCUCCAGCUCCAUCGACGUUACCAGCUCCAUCAAAAACUCCAUGGGAUUACCAGCAGGAUGCUGCCAUAAAAACUCAAAAGGAAAGUAAAGAAAGUGGUGGUCAGCGCGUGAACCUGCUAUCCCUGGAUGGUGGUGGUAUCCGCGGCUUAGUGCUAAUACAGAUGCUUUCGGAAUUGGAGAGUAAAUUUGGUUCCGAUUUUCUUUCUUCAUUUGGCUGGUUAGCUGGUACGAGCACUGGCGCAAUCCUUGCAUUAGCCCUCAGUCAAGGCAAAACUAUGCCAUUCUGCCGGUCUAUGUAUUUUAGAAUGAAGGAUGAAAUAUUUCGUGGUGAUCGUCCUUACAACGCUGAUACUUUGGACGCAUUUCUUCGAUCACAGUUUGGCGAGAACACAACUAUGGCUGAUGUGACGAAUAAAAGGGUUAUGGUCACGACAUGUGUAGCAAAUGUCUGUCCUCCACAGCUACAUCUUCUGCGCAGUUAUCAGUUGGAAGCUUCUGAGGAAGAGAAUGCAAAACUAGGCUUUGAUCCCCCAAAAAAUCAUUUCAUAAAGGAUACUGCUCGAAGCUCAAGCGCUGCACCCACAUAUUUCCCACCAUUCGACAAAAAAUACGUUGAUGGUGGAUUGCUUGCCAAUAAUCCCUGCCCACAACUGCUUAUGGAUGUCCAGCUUGUGAAUACAAGCUUAAAAAUGGCGAACCAAAGUGACCAGUGCUACCGUAUCGGUUGCGUGCUUUCGUUAGGGACUGGCAGAGUGCCACAGGCCAUGGUCGAAUCUCUCGACCUUACCGUACCAAAAUCAUUUAUGGAAUUCGCCAUUGGUUGGCAAGAAAAAUUAUCUCUCAUCAGCCACCUGAAAAAUCUGCUGCUUGAGCAGAUAGGAAGAGCUGAUGGAGCGGCCGUUGAUUGCUCAAGAGCCUGGAGUCACUCUAUGUCCGUACCGUUCUUCAGAUAUUCGCCGCAGCUAAGCUCAGCCAUCGAUUUAGAUGAAACUGAUGAUGUUAAGUUGAUUAACAUCAUGUGGGGAACGAAAGUCUACAUGAAGGAAGAAAGUUCUUCGGUGGAGCAGUUAAUUGACCUGCUGAAAUCCUGUACAAGGUAGCCGUAUAAGUCCAACGAAAAUUUGCGCCUUUGACAAACCUUCAAAGCUAUUCGGGGUUGAAAAAUUCUUUGUAUAUCAUCAAAAGCGUAGUUUUGUUUCAGUAUGUGGUUUAAGUCUGUUUAGAUUUACCCGCGUGUAUUAUUUUCUCCCAUAAUUUCUGAUAUUUGUGUUACUAGUCACUCUGCUUCACUUGUCAAUAUUCUCCUAGUUCUAUUUAUGUUCAUAAUGAUAAAUCUAGGGCAUUUAAACUGUGCACCUCUCUUCCACAAUCUAAAUUUUCUAAGUAUGCCUUAUGUUCAUUUCUCUUUCAUUCCAUUUUGUGACGGUAAUAUAU